GGUUUAAAUCCGCAGCCUUCACGCACGCGGGCGCUACAUGCAGCGCCGCCCACUUCGCCCCGCGCCACCGAAGCUAAGCUAGCAGCCAUGUCGGCGUCCUCCCCCGCCUCCCGCUCGCUCCUCCUCUGCCUCUGCCUCAGCCUCGCCCUGCUCUCACCCUUCGCCGCCGCCUCGCCUCGCGACCUCCGCUUCUCCGCCGAGGACAUCGCCGCGGUGGAGGCGGCGCUGCCGCGCCCCAAGAGGUCGUCGAGGACCACCUUCUUCGAGGUCGACCGCCCGCUGCGCCCGCCCAGGGGGAGCUCGGGGCCCUGCUCCACGCUCCUACUCUCGCACUCCUUCGCCUUCACGCUCACCAAGCCGCCCGUCACCGCGGCGUACUCGCCGCCGAGCUGCAUGCGAGGCGGCGCCGGCGCCGUCUCGCUCGCGGUGCUCGAGUGGCGCGCCGAGUGCCGCGGCGUGCAGUACGACCGCGUCUUCGGCGUCUGGCUCGGCGGCGCCGAGAUCCUGCGGGGGAGCACCGCGGAGCCGAAGCCCGGCGGCGUGGUGUGGUCGGUGUCCAAGGACGUCACAAGGUACGCGCCGCUCCUCGCCGCCGGCAACGCCACGCUCGCCGUGUACCUCGGCAACCUCAUCGACGACACCUACAACGGCGUAUACCACGCCAACCUCACGCUCCACCUCUACUUCCACCGCGCCGCGCGCGCGCGGUCGCCGGCGCCGGCCGACGUCGUCGUCCCCAUCUCGAGGAGCCUGCCGCUCAACGACGGGCUCUGGUUCGUGGUCCAGAACGCCACCGACGUGCAGUCCACGCGCCUGGCGGUGCCGGCCAACGCGUACCGCGUGGUGCUCGAGGUCUAUGUGUCGUCCCACUACGCCGACGAGUUCUGGUACAUGAACACGCCGGAGCAGAACGGGCCGUUCCGCGAGGUCACCGUCCGUCUCGACGGCGACGUCGUCGGCGCGGUGUGGCCGUUUCCCGUGAUCUACACCGGCGGAAUCAACCCCCUCAUCUGGCGCCCCAUCACCAGCAUUGGGUCCUUCAACUUCCCCACCUACGACAUCGAGCUCACGCCCUUCUUGGGCAAGCUCCUGGACGGCGAGCAGCACGAGCUCGGGUUCGCGGUGACCAACGCGCAGAACUCCUGGUACGUGGACGGCAACCUCCACCUCUGGCUCGACCCCAAGAGCCCCAAGACCACCGGCGGCCUCAUCGCGUACGACGCGCCGAAGCUCGCCGGCAGCAUCGUCUCGCACUCCGCGGACGGCAUCGACGGCGAGUACGAGGCGACGGCGAGCCGCAACAUCACGGCCACGGGGUGGGUGAGCUCGUCGCGCGGCAACGUGAGCACCACGUUCACGCAGCGGCUCAGCUUCGCGAACACGAACGUGGUGAGCAGCCACGGCAGCGCGCAGGCGAUCAACCAGACGACGGACGCGCUCACCGACGUCGCCGGCGGGGGCGCGGCCGCGCAGCAGCGGGUGCAGCAGAGCUUCCCGCUCUACAUCUUCCUGGGCGGCGACGGCAGCGGCACGUCCUCGCAGCGGCUGAUGCGGCGCGUGGAGAUCGGGUUCGAGGAGUCGCGCGUCCGGGGCGGCGGCGCGGCGACGAGCACGCUGCGGAACGAGCAGGCGGCGGCGGCGGAGGUGACGCUCCGGGACGACGCCGUGGUGGGCGCGUCGUGGCGGAUGCACCAGACGUACGCGUACGGCGCCAGCGACGGCGGCUGCUACCUGAGGAACGUGAGCAGCGUCGGUUACGACGUGCUUUUCGACCGUUACGACGCGUCGUGCGCCGGUACGCGCGGCCGCACCCCCGGCCAGUUUACCUGUCCGCUUCUCCUCCCGUCGCCCCUCGUGCUCGCCGCUCCAACAAUGGCGCCAUCUGCCGCCGCCGCCGCCGCCUCGAGCAUCCUCCUCCUCCUCCUCGCUCUCCUCCACCCCGCCGCGGCGGCCGCCGGCGCCGCGCGGCACAGGCACCGCCUCGGCGCGUCCUUGCGCGCCGCCCCGCCCGACGCGUCGCAGCCGCCUACCACGUUCUUCGAGGUGGACCGCCCGAUCCGCCCGCCGCGCGGCAGCGCGGGCCCCUGCUCCACGCUGCUCCUCUCCGGCACCUUCGGCGCCACCUACGGCCGGCCCCCCGCCACCGCCGCCUACGCGCCGCCGGCCUGCCUCGCCGACGCGCGGGCCCGCGGCGCGGGCCUCGCGCUCGCCGUGCUCGAGUGGAGCGCCGACUGCCGCGGCCGCCAGUUCGACCGCAUCUUCGGCGUCUGGCUCUCCGGCGCCGAGCUGCUCCGCAGCUGCACCGCCGAGCCGCGGCCCAACGGCAUCCUCUGGUCCGUGUCCCGCGACGUCACCAGGUACGCCGCCCUCCUCGCGGAGCCCGGUGAGGUCGCGGUCUACCUCGGGAACCUCGUCGACAAGACCUACACCGGCGUCUACCACGCCAACCUCACGCUCCACCUCUACUUCCACGCGGCAUCGCCGCCACCGCCACAGCAACAGCAGCAGGCCGAUCUGAUUCUGCCCAUCUCAAGGAGCCUGCCUUUGAACGACGGGCAGUGGUUCGCCAUCCAGAAUUCCACCGAUGUGCAGUCCAAGAAGCUCGCCAUUCCGUCAAACACCUACCGGGCGGUCCUUGAGGUGUUCGUUUCCUUCCACUCCGACGACGAGUUCUGGUACACCAAUCCGCCCAAUGAUUACAUUCAGGCGAAUAACUUGUCCAACGUUCCCGGCAAUGGUGCAUUCAGGGAAGUCGUAGCUAGGGUGGAUGGUGAAGUUUUCGGUGCUGUUUGGCCAUUCACUGUGAUUUACACUGGUGGUGUCAACCCCCUUCUAUGGCGGCCAAUCACCGGAAUUGGCUCAUUCACUCUCCCAACAUAUGACAUUGACAUCACACCAUUCUUGGGCAAGCUCCUGGACGGUAAGGAGCAUGAUUUUGGGUUUGGUGUCACAGAUGCUCUUGAUGUGUGGUACAUUGAUGCCAAUUUGCAUCUGUGGUUGGAUCACGAGAGUGAGAAGACAACUGGGAGCUUGCUCAGCUAUGAUGCAUCUGUAUUGGACUUUAAUGUGAACUCUGAAUUCAGUGGGUUAGAUGGCCAGUUUGUGACAAGUGCAAGUCGGCAUAUCUCUGCAACUGGAUGGGUGAAAUCGUCAUACGGGGAGGUCACCACAAGUUUCUACCAGAGAUUCAGCUAUGAAAACAGCAAUGUGUUUAGAGAAAAUGGCACUGUGCAAAUCGUGAACCAAACGAUCGAUGCAAAAUCUGGAAUUUUUGUCAAGGAUGCUUCUUCUGUGCUGCUCUCCGGGGAAUUUCAUGAGGUUUUCCCACUGUAUCUUUAUACUGGAACCUCAGAUAAAGUGGGUGAUGAGUACUCAUUGGAUUCACUUGUCAAAUUCGGUAUCAAUGAGAAGAAGACCUCUGGUGGGAAACUGGGCUUCUCGUUCAGCUCUCUGCAGAACGCACAGUCGGCACGCGGCACUAUGAGGGUGAAGAAGAAUUUGGUAGUCCGUGGAUUGGGGAAGACCCAUCAGGUGUAUAAGUAUGUGGGAACUGAUGGAUGCUAUUUCAGGGAUGUGAGCAGCAGGAACUACACUGUACUUUUUGACCGCUCUGAUGAUUCUUGUUCAAAAGGAGCAUAUAGCGGGGCCAGCACGAAGUUGAACAAUCAGUCAGCAAGAAGAAAGUUGCUGGUAAACAAACUAUAAAGCACAGGAAAGGUUUUAAUUCGUCCAUGUUUCAAUUUACUUUGCUUCUUCAAUAAAGAUUUCUUAGGUAGCUCAUGCUUCAGAAAGUAGGUAAGAAACUUGGAAAUGUCUUUAUAAACACGCCACUUCAGAUUCAGUGACAUGCUAUUGUCAACAGUAACUAUCAAUUGCAUCAUCAUGUCGUGUUAUUUAGCUGCAAAAGGUUUAAGGAUGUGAAUGAUGCACAACAGAAGGAAGGAUGAUUAAUAGCAUUAUAUUGGUAUUAAUUACUAGUAUCAAUCAAGUUUCCCAAUCACAUUAUAUGCCAACAUUGUUUUCAUCACAUUCGAUCGGAUUUGCA